AUCGGAAGUUCCUGGCUUGAGCAUCCAGACUGUCGAUCUUGGAUUUGGCGUUUCUCCCAAGUCUUUUACACAAUCGUAGAUUGAAGGGCCAGUUCUGCCUCGACACUCGACGCGACGCACAGAAACAAAAUCACUGCGCAUCCCUCUCGGAGGUUUUCAAACACAAGUAUGCCGUCGGCGACCAUUGACAGCCACGGCAUCCCGGGUGUCGCAGCAGCUGCUAGGUUCUUGGACGAGCUGCUUGAACGCGCCGAGUCGGUCAAAAGGACCGCCUCGAUUGAACCGCCACUUGAUAAAUCACAUUUCGAUGAUCUCCGACGACAACUAAACGAUGCGCUGGGGUGCGAUUUUACCGCUGAGGAGUCCGUCGACGCCAGAAAGCUACAACGCUUUGCCGUUAUCGAAACGGCCGUUCGCGAUACAUUCAAAUCUCUGAUCGCAACAACACCGAUUGAGUCCCCGGGCUUCGUACGAGUAUGGAACCUCCUCGACAUUUUGUCAUUGCUCUCCGACUGCGAGCUAUGCGACCCUGCCCUGCUGUUUUGGCUUGUCGAGGAGCUGCUCGAUAGCCAGACCAUAGCAGGCUGCCGAAAGGUUUGGGACUUUCUCGAGUCUCGCCGUGAGCGCAUCACCGCCAAGCACUUCAAACAAAAGCAACUCGUCAUCCUUCGCACCUGCAAUGAGCUCCUCCGGCGACUAUCUAGAGCCCUCGACCCAGCGUUCUGCGGCAGAGUCUUUAUAUUCAUGUUUCAGAGCUUUCCCUUGGGAGAUAAGAGUUCGGUCAAUCUGAGGGGAGAAUACCAUGUCGAAAAUGUCACCAUCUUCAACCAAGACACUCCGGCGGUGGAUGGGGACAAGAUGGACGUGGACACGGAUACGAAGUCGCAAAAGGACAAGCCCCUGGACCCGGACACCUUGUAUCCCAUCUUCUGGUCGCUGCAAGAGAGCUUCAACCAGCCCAAGAAGCUCUUCGACCCGAGCCAUUUCACUUCAUUCAAGGCUGGCCUCGAGGCAACGAUGGCGACCUUUAGAAGCAUCAAACCAGAACAGCCUUCAAAAGCCAAGGAAAGGCUAGAUAAGCCAGUCGAAGAGAUGAACCACAGUCUCAAACGGAAGCGAGAUGACGUCGACGACGAGCUCGCCAGCGGUUUCAACCCAAAGUAUCUUACUAGCCGUGACCUGUUCAAGCUCGAGAUCAGCGAUUUGGCCUUCCGACGGAACGUCCUUGUCCAGGCACUCAUCAUCAUGGAAUUCCUCCUCUCGCUCUCGCCCAAAGCAAAGGAGAAGCUCGCCAGCGUCAAGAACCCCAACAAGUCCGUGACGUACUCGGACCAGCAGUUGAGCGAAGAGGACACCAAGUGGGCGACCGACAUGAAGGAUGCCAUUGUCGACUAUCUGAGACAGGGGGUAGAAGGGCCCUACUUCAACCGCAUGGUCGAGACGGUCCUCGCACGGGACAAGAACUGGGUCCGGUGGAAGAUCGAAAACUGCCCGUCCAUCGAGCUCCCGCCCAUCUCGCCCGCCCUGUUCGUCGAAGCCAGAGCGGCAGCGACCAAACUGGCAACGACCAAACGGCUGCGGCCAACGCCCGUAGGGUCCAUGUCUCUCGAGUUUCUUGAUGAUGAAGACGAGAACAGCGCCAUGGAGAAGCUGAAGGACCCGGAGCGGUACCGCCUCCCGGAGCUGAGCAACCUCAAGAGAGGCAUUGACCUCGACGACCUCGAGAUCGACAUGCCCACCAACGACGAGUCGAAAACCUCGGCGAUCGAAGGCAAGGCCAGCAAAACCUGGCGGGCGCUGCGGAUAGCCAGCAAAUCCAAGCUUGUCCUAUUUGACAAGAUCGAAGACGAUGACAAGAUCGACAUUGUCUUUGAAGAAAUGCCGCUCCAGGAAGGAGUUGAGGGCGAGAAGGAGGACGCGGUGAACUGCGAUGCGGUGUUUCCCGAGGACCGUAGACCCAUCGUCAUCGUGGACACCACUAGCACUGGUCCGGGUUUGAAAUCGGAGCUGGUAAAACAGUUUAUUUCUCAACAUUCCCGCGUCUUCACCAAGGUGCCAACGCAUGUAACACGGAAGUCCCACCAAGGAGAAGUCAAUGGGAAAGAUCACCACUUUGUAGAUGUCCAGGCAUUCAACAUGAUGCGGGAUGGGGAUCAGUUCCUCGAGUUCACGGAUGAAGGUGACAAUAUCCAUGGGACGAGCAGGAGGGUGGUGGAAGGCAUCUUGGACAAUGACAGGGUGCCGGUGAUGGAGAUGGACUCUGACGGCGCGCAGCAAGUCAAGGACAACGGCUUCGAUGCGAGGUUCAUCAUGGUUCAAGCAGUGGAAGGGGCAGUCGAGGCUAAGCCGGAGGAGUUUUAUGAGUCGGUUGUCAAGGAAAUGAAGUCUCUCGAGGCGGCCAUCUUUGGACAAGCAGCAGCGUCAGGGGCCGCGGACGUGUCAAUGGUGGACGGGCCUGUUUUAUGAGCCCUGGAUGGAGACAUGGGCGAAUGUGUACAUACGACGAGUUGCGAUGAUACCCCAUUUUGCACAAAGCCAGAUAUCAUCUGUCAUUUCUGUGUGUCUGGCCAUGUUUUACGCGUCCAUCAACCCGCCAAGCGACUCAAAAACGUCGUCCGCCUUGGUCUUGAGGUCAACCCCGAAGUCCACGGCCUGCAGCCCCAUGGCGGCCAUCAUUCCCGAGCUGGAAUUGCUGAUCAUC